GGAUCCUGCUUUGCGUAAUUACUAUUUGCAGGCAAGGGAGGGAGAGAGGGGGAGAACGAGAGAGAGGGGGUGAGAAAGAGUAUGUGUAGGAGAGAGAGAGAGGGAGAGAGUCAGAGGGAGAGAGAAAGAGAGAGAGAGAGAGAGGCAGUUGCUCUGCAGCGGACUGUUCUGCUGACUGCAGGAGCACUACCUGGCAGUCUUGGCCAGUGCGUCAGCACUCUCGCUUGAAAUGAAUGAGAGAAGGAGGAAUCAAUCAGUGUGACUGCAGAAAGAGUGAGUGAGUGAGAGAGAGAAAGGGAGAGAGAGAGGAGCCCCCCUCACUUCUUUUUUUCAUUACAUCUCUCUUUUUUUAAAUUAAUACUGUUUGACCGUCCACGCACACAGGACAGUUGCUGGGAGAGUGCGCCCUUUAAAAUGUGAAGGGACCCCCCCUGGUGCUAGAAGACAAGAUGAAUGCUAUGAAUGCUUUGCUACUCUUCGCUUUGUUCUCAUUGGGCAUUGCACAGAACUUUGAGGAGGCUUACAGUGACCUGGAAUCCUACAAUCUCAGGACCAUCUACAUCACAGAAAAUGGCCAAAAGCUCUCCGUGGUGACAGACCAAGCCAAGGUCAUCUCUCGUCGAGGAGGCAACGCAACACUGCCGUGCAAGUUCCAGCGGGACCCCGCCUCUGCCCCCAACCCCAAGUUGAGGAUCAAAUGGACUAAGCUCACCGCAGACUACCUGAAAGAGGUUGACGUCUUUGUUGCCAUGGGUUACCACAAAAGGAGCUACGGCCAGUUCCACGGGCGAGUGCAUCUUCAGGGAGAUGGUAACAAUGACGCCUCACUGGUCAUCAAUGAGAUCACCCUGGAGGACUAUGGGAGAUACAAGUGUGAAGUCAUUGAUGGGCUGGAAGACGCGACUGUAGUGGUCUCCCUUGAUCUCCAAGGUGUGGUUUUCCCUUAUUUCCCACGGCUGGGUAGGUACAAUAUGAACUUCCAUGUGGCAGAGAAGGCUUGUCAGGACCAGGAUGCUGCGGUGGCCUCGUUUGACCAGCUGUACGACGCCUGGAGAGCGGGGAUGGACUGGUGCAACGCCGGGUGGCUGAGCGACGGCUCCGUGCAGUACCCCAUCACCAAACCCAGAGAGCCCUGCGGGGGCAGGAACACGGUACCGGGAGUGAGGAACUAUGGGAAGCGUGACAAGGACAAGAACCGCUACGACGUCUUCUGUUUUACAUCAAAUUUCAAUGGCCGUUUUUACUACCUGAUCCACCCGGGCAAGCUGACUUACGACGAGGCCGUGCAGGCAUGCCAGCGCGACGGUGCCCAGAUUGCCAAAGUGGGCCAGAUGUAUGCCGCCUGGAAGCUCCAGGGCUACGACCGCUGCGACGCGGGCUGGCUGGCAGACGGCAGCGUGCGCUACCCCGUCAGCCGACCUCGCCGCCGCUGCAGCCCCGACGAGGCGGCAGUGCGCUUCUCCGGCUUCCCCGACCGCAAGCACAAGCUCUACGGGGUCUACUGCUUCAAGGGCCAGGGGCACGACUGAGGGACGAGAGGGGCGGUGAAGGGAGGGAGCGACAAUGAACAUCCGAACCAUCGAGAAGCAAGCAAUGGUUAUUGAAAACAGAGAGAGAGAGAGAGAGAGAGAGAGAGUGAGAGAGAGAGUGAGAGAGAGUGAGUGAGAGAGAGAGAGAGAGAGAGAGAGAGAGAGAGAGAGAGAGAGAGAGAGAGAGAGAGAGAGAGAAACAGUAAGAUCAUGCCAGAGGAGUUGCUACUAGGAAUGCAUUCAAACUGUGAUUCUUUUUUUCUUUUAAAAUACUGUAAAAGAAUGGAUGCCAUAGGGAUGGGUGAGAGUACAUUUCAUACAGUAUCACCUUUUUUAAAAACAUAUUUUCUUUCACUUCAGUGUAAUUCAUCUAUAUUUUUUAUUUAAUUCCACAUCAUUGGUCAAGAGGGGGGUGGUUAGGGUCAGGGAUAUUUGUGAGAAAAACUAACAGGCCAUGACACAGUGGUUAUCCAAUUCUCUGAGGGAAGUCCAUGGACUGGUGAAACACUAUAGCUUCUCAAUAUUGGACUGAUACUUUGGGCACUUAGCUUUAUUUUGUAAAUUGACCCAACAUCCAAAGAGAUCACAGGAGCAAGAUUCUGAUACAAGAGGAAAUAUGGUUCCACAAGGGGAUGCUAUACUUACAGCAUGAAAGCAUAGCACAACACGUUUCUUUCUUUUAUUAUCAUAACAGGGUGCUAUUACAAAUGACGUAUUUUGACCUUUGACCUUACCUUUGUGUAUUGUGUUGUAUUACAGACAUCAUAUAGUGUGUGUGGACCAAACUGUCAGCCUUACAUUAGCCAUCUUGUAAAAAAAAUGUUGUACUAUUUAGAACUUAUUUGACAUUUUGAUUACAUUUGAUAUUACAAUAUAGAAUGUCAGCAUUUAUAAUGUCUCUGUUUAGUGAUAAUUUAAUAGACCUGUUGACUAUAUAAUUUAAUCCCUCCUACUAUUUUCCUUAUUUUCUAUUUAGCGACAUUCUUUACCCUUGUAGUUUAUACUCCUUCAUAUGACCCCCCCCCAACAGUAAGUCAUAAAAAGCGUUGAACUGAAAUCCGUCAGAGAAAUCUGAGGAUCUAUGUUCAGAUGCAAAGAGAAAUGUGUUGCAGCAUAAGCAUCAGUCCUACUGUUUCAUGUUGUUCAAAUGCCAGCAUCUUCUUUUAUUUUCAUUUCUUUGUUGUCCUUUUCCUUUUGAUUCACAUCUGUGAUCUUACAUGCAGUAGCAGCCCCCAAAAAUCCAGCGAUGAUCAAAACUAGAGAGCUCGCUGUGGUAGAGCUUAUGCACAAGCUAGCUUACUUAAAGAGAUGCUACGCCCUAGCUGGGUUGUUGUAUCUCAACCAAUGGAAGCACAUACACUGCACCGAGAAAAACAAAACUAAUAAGGUCUUAUUUUUCAGUUUGCCUGCUGCCAAUGACUCUGCUCUUGCUUCAAUGCUUUAGUGUUAAAUUAACUUUCAGCUGUAGUAAAAAAAAAAUGCAAUGGUGGACCGUACUGAUUCUUGUUACGCUCAGAUUUAAAGGGAUGAAGAUCACAUUAUGUGGCAGCACUCACUUCACUGUGAAAAUCAUGUAGGGACAAUCCUAACAAGUAUUGAGAUCACUGGUCUUGACUUUCAUCAAUAGACCGUAGGUUAACAUACCACAAAUCAGACAUCCUGUAAAAUGUCUACUAUACAUUAACUACAUUGACAUUACACAGGCAUGCACAUUGACUUUCUAAACCAGUAUUCAAUUGUGUGGUGUGUUCUGUUUGGCAUUAGGAUACAUGAUAUACAUAGGUAAAUUUACCAUACAUUUCCCUU